CGCAGCGGCAUCAGCGGGCCGCGAGAGAAUUAUUACGUGAACGCGACUAGCUUGUUCCAAUGCAUGCCGUCAGCGCAUAAUGUAGCAUCGAGUGAGAUUGUAAAUUGUACUAAUUGGGCAUGGCGGUCUUUACCAACAAAACAGUGCUUUCAUCAAUUACUACCCUAGUGGCAAUGUUAUACAACGAGCGCGCGAUACUCGGACAGUGCUAAAGGAAUUCUGUGUUUAGAAUUAUUACUGUCAAACGUGAGUCUAUCGCUAGGACGGGUGCAUUAUGCUAAUUGUGUGUGUGUGAGUGCAGUGAUCACAAAUACGAAAGGGGUUCGGAAUGAUCUCUAUUGUACCGCUACUAUCUUCUGUGGAUUAUGGUUCGAAUAAAUAUUUUUAAACAAAUUAAAAGUAGUAACUACCAAUAUGGAUCCUAUAUUAGAAAAUGAAGGGGCAAUGUCAGACUCCUCUAGCAGCAAAUAUGGAAAAUCAAGACGCAAAAAGAAAAAGAAUCUAGAUGAAGCGCAAAACGAGAGUCAAACCGUAGUAGGUGACAAGAAAAAAUUCGUGGUUACUACAUUAUCUACUUCAGAUGAUCAAAAUGUUCCGUCUGAACGGUUACCACAAAGUAACGUGCAUACUAUACACUUCGGAACACGGGGUGUUGAAUCACAACGGCCACAUGUUAGAUCGAUCUUCAAGGAUAAGCCAGCUGAAACAUCCAGACCAUCAAGUGCAGAGAGGGAGACAUCAAAUAAGAAGGAAUAUGAAACAUUUCAUGGAACGUCAUCUAGUCCAAGGAGCUCUAUUUUUGAUAUUUUUAGGAUAAGAAGAAAAAGUGAUUCAAAAAAACACCAGUCUCUCAUACAAAAUGUAAAAGGCGCGUUAGCUGGUACAUCAAAAGAGUCUCCCGAAACAUCUAAAGUUGAACAAAGUUCUUUGGACCCUAAAGAGUCUCAUAAAAAGUAUUAUUACACAGUAACGGGAGCUUCUUCUUCUCGAAAGACUAGCCCAAUCACAAGGGUUAUGGAUAUUUUUAGAAGUAAACCACAUCCGCAAUCUGAUCAAAGUGCAACUGACACAACGAAAAAGAAAAAUGCAAAGCAAGUUCGUCGUUCAUCUAUAGGAACCACUUCUCCUACUUAUCAUAAGAAUUCGUAUGCUUCUCUAGAUCCUGUACAGGCGAAACAGUUAUUUAGAGAAGUUCGUGGGUUACCUAAAUAUGACCCAUACUUAUCUAUUGUUCAAAUAUCUUUGGGUGGAAGAGAUAAGACGAGGCUACUAUUAAACUUUUUUAAAUAUCAUAAAUGUUAUGAGAUACUUCCUAAAUCGGCUAAAGUUAUUAUAUUUGAUACUCAAUUUCCGGUUAGGAAAACUUUUCCUACACUCGUCUCACAUGGUAUUCGGUCUGCUCCGUUGUGGGACGCUACUAAAAAGUCACUAGUAGGAAUGAUCACUGUUACUGAUUUUAUUCGAAUUUUGUUGCUUCACGAAAAAGAAAAUUGGUCAAUGGAUGAUUUUGAAAAACAUACACUUCAUAAUUGGCGCAAAAUCUUGCGACCAACAAGAAAACCUUUAUGUAGUCUAAGCCCAGAUCAGUCACUACAUGAUGCUAUUAAUUUACUAAGCAAAAAUAGAGUUCAUCGCCUUCUAAUGAUUGAUCCAUUUACUGGAGAUGUGUUAUAUAUUUUGUCUCAUAAAAGAAUAUUACGAUUCUUGUUUGUGUAUCUCAAUGAAUUUCCUGAAUUAACAUUUUUUCACAAAAAUAUGCUAGAUUUAAAUAUAGGAACAUAUGAUGACAUAGUUUCUGUCACUGAUGAUACAACUAUUCAAGAAGCUUUUCAGCUUUUAUUAGAAAAAGAUAUUUCAGCUUUGCCUAUUUUAGAUGAAAAUGGUGUUCUUAUUAAUGUAUAUGCUAAAUAUGAAGUACUCAAUUUAGUAACUGAAAAAUUAUAUUUAAAUUUGUCCUUAACAAUAGGUGAAGUAAGAAACAAAAAGAAAGACUGGGAAGAAAAGCUACAAAAAUGUCUUUCAAGUAUUACCUUAUACGAGGCCUUAGAAAUUAUAGUGAGAACUGAAAGUCAUCGACUACUACUAGUUAAUAAGGAUGAUAAACUUGUUGGAAUUGUUUCACUAUCGGAUAUUUUAGUUUAUCUUAAUAGAGUUAUCCCUACUGAAAAAAAGAUUUCAUCUCUUCAAGAAAUAUUUCGCCCAUUGGAAGUAAAUAAAGUUCCUGAAUCUUUAAAAGAAAGUGAAAAUGAGGUGAUAACGAUUACAGUCCCUAAUAUCCAAGCGCAAACUGUACCUGAGACUAACGAAGUGACGUGUGAAUCAAAUAGUUCUAUCGAAAAUAAUAUUGAAGAGACUAUUACGAAUAAUGUGGAGACUGAAGUAGAAAAAGCUAGUCCUAAAUCAGACAAGAUUGAAAUAGAAGAAGCAGAAUUAGAUGAAGUACCCCAAUCUCAAUGAAGUUAAUAUUUAAAAAUGUAACCGUAGGAUAUUCCACAACAAUUCCAAAGAUAUAAAAUAGAUAAAACUAGUGUAUCUCAAGUAUGCUUUCUGCUUUUAAAUUAUGAUAUAGUAAAUUAUACUAAAUACUUAAUUGUUAAAGUAGUGUCAACACCACGUGAAUGCCUUAUAUUUAUUAUUUAAUCCAAUAUAAUAUAUCGCUGAAACUCAAUAAAAUAUUUUAGCAGU